CGAAAAUAUCCGAAAUCACGUGACACGUUCAAAAUGGCGACCAAGUUCUCAGGGGUACCAGUUAUGUUGCUAAGGAGACUGUGGACAUCACAACACAUCAGCAGAGCUAACCAAUCAGCACAGGCCUCACUGAAUACCUUAUUGGACUCUGAAUUGUCGGGGAUCAAAGAUGCUGGCACGUGGAAAGCUGAACGAAUCAUUACAUCUAAGCAAGCUGCAGAGAUUGGUGUAUUAGGAUCCCACUCUAAAAUAUUGAAUUUUUGUUCCAAUAAUUAUCUUGGUCUUUCAAGUAACCCUGAUGUGAUAGCUGCUGCCAAGGCUUCUCUAGACACACAUGGUGCUGGACUUAGUUCAGUCAGGUUCAUAUGUGGAACACAAGACAUUCAUAAGGAGCUGGAGGGGGCAGUGGCAAAGUUCCAUGGUAGAGAAGAUGCAAUACUCUAUUCAAGCUGUUAUGAUGCAAAUGCAGGGUUCUUUGAGGUCCUGCUGAAUGAUCAAGAUGCUGUCCUCUCAGAUGCACUGAACCAUGCCUCAGUGAUAGAUGGCAUUAGGUUAUGUAAGGCAAAGAGAUAUCGGUACGCACAUGGAAACAUGGAAGAGUUGGAGUCACAGUUGAAAGAGAGCCAGGGUUGCAGAAUGAGGCUCAUUGCCACUGAUGGUGUCUUCAGUAUGGAUGGGACAGUGGCCAAAUUAAGAGAGAUCUGUGACCUGGCUGAUAAGUACAAUGCCCUGGUCUUCAUGGAUGAGUGUCAUGCUACUGGUUUCUUUGGACACACUGGCAGGGGCACUGAGGAACACUGUGGGACAAUGGGUCGGGUUCACUUCAUCAACUCCACCCUGGGGAAAGCCCUGGGUGGGGCCUCAGGGGGCUACACUACUGGACCAAAACAAAUUGUUGACCUGCUACGUCAGAGGUCGCGACCAUAUUUAUUUUCUAAUACACUAGCGCCACCUGUUGUUGCAGUUGCAGCCAAGGUAUUUGAGAUCUUGUCAGAGAAUUCAGAUCUGCCAGAGAAAGUCGAAAGAAACACUCACAGGUUUAGGGAAAGGAUGACGGAAGCUGGAUUUACCCUAACAGGUGAUCCUGACCACCCUAUCUGUCCAGUGAUGUUGGGAGAUGCAAAACUUGCUAACACAUUUGCUGAUGAGAUGUUAGGCAGAGGUAUCUACGUGAUAGGGUUCAGCUACCCUGUUGUACCUAAGGGUCAGGCCAGGAUUCGUGUUCAGGUCUCAGCCUCCCAUAGUCUCGAGAAUGUUGACAAGUGCGUCGAUGCUUUCAUUGAGAUCGGACGUAAAAUGAAUGUGAUACAAUAGCCGAUAAACUAGAAUCUCUCUCCACGAGCUUAUCCAUAUGUUAAUUAUAUUAUCCCCAAAGGAUAAAACUAAUGUACAUGUAAAUGGAAACGUAAGGAUUCAGGAUAGGCCUCGGGGAUUUUGAAUGUUCAUGUAUUAACAUUCCAGGCAGCUACAAAACACACAUAUAAACAAGGCCUCACAUUUUUGAGAAACUUAGAAUUUUUCUAAAUAAAAAGUCUCGGCCAUAUACAGUCAAAUCUUUAUAUUUAUUGGAAUAUACUUUCAUUUAACAUGUCUUUUUGCCAUUUUGGAAUAAAUAUAAAGAUUCUCAUCACCUGAUUAUUUUUGCUAAAAAUUCUUUAAACAGAAAAUUAACUUGUUUGGGCCUAACCAGAAGGGUAUCUGAAAACUACUCUGUUUUUCAACAGUAUU